GUACUCAGAGGAGAAGAAGGAGAAAGAUACAGAUAACGCUUCAAACGAUUCUUUUAUGGGAUUUUACAAGAAAAUGCCAAAACGCCUUGAAGGUACUAUUCGCCUAUUCGAUAGAGGAGAUUUUUACUCUGCCUAUGGUGUAGACGCAGAAUAUGUCGCGACAGAAGUCUUUAAAACCCAGACUGUUUUGAAGCAAAUGACAUCAAAGAAACUACAAAUGACACUGCCUUUUCUGUCACUUAAUAGAAUAUCCGCUCAAUCUUUCCUUCGCGAAGCUCUAACAGCAAGACAGCUGAAAAUUGAAAUCUGGGAAUCAGAAGGUGGAAAGAAGGCACAGUCGUUUGUCUUAGCGAAGACAGCCUCGCCGGGAAACUUACAACCAGUAGAAGAUUUGCUAUUUGCCUCUUCUGAUAUCCUCACAGCGCCUAUCUCAAUGGCGAUAAAGCUUAGCGUUAAGGAAGGCCUCUUAUAUGUUGGCUCAGCGUACUGUGACGCAAGCUGUCGCGAAUUAGGAUUAAGCGAGUUCGUUGAUAAUGAUCUUUUCUCAAAUGUCGAAUCUUUGAUCAUUCAACUCGGCGUAAAGGAAUGCUUGAUGCCAUCCAACGACAAAGGUACUGAUCACGAUUUGACGAAACUCAAGACAUUGAUAGAGAGAUGUGGUAUUGUCGUCACAGAAGUCAAACCAUCAGAUUUCAACACGAAAGAUAUAGAGCAAGAUCUCGAUAGGCUCCUCAAAGAUGGAGCUAUCAAACAAUCCUCCGAAUUUAAUAUGAAGAUAGCAAUGUCCUCAGCUUCAGUUCUUAUUAACUACCUAGGCUUAAUGGGUGACGCUGCGAAUUUCUCUCAGUUCACAUUAAAGAACCAUGACUUAUCACACUACAUGAAGCUCGACGCGUCAGCCUUGCGUGCACUUAGUCUUUUCCCGUCCCCAGGCGAAGUAGGAGGCUCGAAGAAUAUGUCACUUUAUGGUUUGUUAAAUCAUUGCAAAACAGCCCAAGGACAAAGACUACUAGCACAAUGGUUAAAACAACCUUUGAUGACGUUACACGAGAUUCACUCACGUCAGAAUCUAGUUGAAUGGUUUAUGAAUGAAGUUGAAUUGAGAGGCACAAUGCGCGAACAAAUAAUGACGAAGAUGCCAGACUUACACCGUCUUUCGAAGAGAUUUCAAAGGGGUGUAGCAAAUCUUGAAGAUGUAGUUAGAACAUACCAAGCUUGUCUGAAUAUACCAAAAUUAUUAGAACUCAUCAGACAAACUCAAGAAUCUGUUAUGGAUGAUUCACUAAAAUUACUCAUUGAGGAGACCUAUAUUAAGCCAUUUGAGGAAUUCAGCGGUAGUUUGAACAUGUUGAUAGAAAUGGUUGAAUCGACUAUCGAUUUGGAUGAAUUAGCUAAUCAUAAUUACGUAAUAAAGCCUGAGUUCGACGACGAUUUGAAGGCAUAUAGGAGGAAACUGGAAGUUAUCAGAGAUGGUCUUGAUGAUGAGCACCAAGCUGUUGGUGAUGACCUUGGUCUUGACCUAGGAAAAAAGCUGCAUAUGGAGAGACAUCAAACAUAUGGCUACUGUUUUAGAGUGACAAAAGCAGAGGCUAAGAGUGUGUCGAAUAACAAGAAAUAUCAUGAGUUGUCGACCCUCAAGAGUGGUACUUACUUCAGGACCUCUACACUCAGGGAUCUGGGUGACGAGUACAAGGAGGUACAGACUGCGUAUGAUAAGAAACAAUCAAGUUUGGUCAAAGAGGUCGUUGGUAUAGCCGCUACCUAUUGCCCUGUUCUGGAGAGUUUGGAUAAUGUCCUCGCUCAUGUUGAUGUCUUAAUGGACUUUGCCUAUGUUUCUGACAAAUCUGCCAAUCCAUUCGUUAAGCCAGAGGUAUUGGAGAAAGGGACAAGCGAUAUGACCCUUAGCGAAGCACGCCAUCCUUGUUUGGAAGUACAAGAUGGGGUUGACUUUAUAGCCAACGACGUUACAUUGAAGAGGGAUGAAAGCGAAUUUUUGAUAGUUACAGGUCCAAAUAUGGGUGGUAAAUCAACUUAUAUUCGUCAAAUUGGUAUAAUAGCAUUAAUGGCCCAAAUUGGUUGUUAUGUACCAUGUACAAAAGCAACAGUACCCGUGUUUGAUUGUAUAUUAUCACGUGUCGGUGCUGGUGAUUCCCAGAUUAAGGGUAUUUCAACAUUUAUGGCUGAGAUGUUAGAAACAGCGACGAUAUUGAAAUCAGCAACAAGAGAUAGUCUUAUUAUUAUAGAUGAAUUAGGUAGGGGUACGUCAACUUACGAUGGUUUCGGUCUAGCUUGGGCUAUUUCCGAGUAUAUAGCUGUAGAAUUACGCAGUUUCUGUGUAUUUGCAUCUCACUUCCAUGAGCUUACAGCUCUAUCAAAUCAGCAAACACAUGUGAAAAACCUUCACGUCGUAGCACACGUAGAGCAGGAGAAUGACCAGGAGGACGUCAGUUUGUUAUAUAAAGUUGAGCCAGGUAUUAGUGAUAAGAGUUUCGGUAUAAAUGUCGCCCAAAUGGCUGGAUUCCCUGAGAGUGUUAUAAAACUCGCUAAACGCAAAGCUGAUGAAUUGGAAGAUUUGGAAGGGCACGAGGAGAAAAAACAGAAGUUCUCUGAUGAUGACAUAAACACUGGUGUCAAUCUCGUAAAAGAGUUCAUGCAAUCCUUCGCAGAAAGCGUUCAAGAGACGAAUGAACGUGAGGCACUAAUGAAAACAUACGAACAAUACAAAGAGCGUAUUCAGGAAUCACGUUGGGCAAGCUACGUUAUUGAUUCAUUGUAA